AUGAAGCGGCCGAUUUUCACGGGCCCUGGCAGCCUCAAAAGGCAAAAGAAGCCGGAGCCGGCGGACGGGGCGUCGCAAUCUACGAGGGCCCCACUUUCCCAAGAGGCGAUGCCGUCCCAAGACACCGAGCCGGAGACUUCGGCAAUGCAUGCGGAGCCGAAGCAUGAGUGUGUCACAUCAAGUUCAGGGGUCUCAGCCGCUUCACUAGUGGCAUUUUCACCGGCACCAAGUUCUUCCAAGUCUUCGCGGCCCAGGUUCUUGUUUGAAAUCUACGGCGCAGACUGUAAACCUGAAGAGGCCGAAGAGGUGUUUCACGAAGAGGCCGAGGUGAAAGAUGAAGAGGCCGAAGAGGUGAAACACGAAGAGGCCGAAGAGGUGUUCCACGAAGAGGCCGAAGAAUUGAAACACGAAGAGGCGGGAGUGGAAGGCGAAGCCUUGGAGGCCACAGUUGAAGACUGGCACCAAUUACCUCCGGUCAUCCGGCCGGUAGAGGAUACCCUGGAGAAUGUCAUUGAAGGCAUCAAGACUGGGAGGCUCGCAGCACUGGCCAAGACGAUGGAAGACCAGAUUGGCUUUACGGACUCAGCAUGGAAGAGCCUAGCUCCAAGGAACGCUGUUCAGGCUUUUCUGGGACGGUACACACACGCACGUAAUCCUGUGUACCACUUCGAGUACUUCACGGAUGACAACAUCAACUUUCUGGUCGAGCUAAUCACGCCUGCUUUCUUUGGACGGCGCUACGGAGGUUAUGUACCAGCUGAGAAGCACGUGGCCGAGACUUAUGCCUGUCUAGCAUUCAAAAACGACAUCGCCGUUGACAGAGCAAGGAAAAAGCUUUUGCCUCCGCUACAAAAGGUUCGAAACCAUUGCAUGCUGAGCAGGGGCCAGAAGGAGGAGCUUAGAAACAGAGGCUUUAAUCCAGAUGUCGUUCAAAACGACAUCUACAUGCUUGUGUACAGCGGGUUCAGACCACUCGGCUGUAAUACGGCGUUCUGGGACGGUAACGUCUCCGAACCACCGAUGAUAGGCAAGACGCCUGAGUGA